GUUCGGGUCUUUUUUUUUUUUGGCCAUAUUUUAUAAUACAUUUGGAGCUGCAUUUUGACGUGUUAUCGUCGAUUUCAUUCUUGCUUUGCUGCAUUACUCAUAAUAUGCCGAAAUCUACGUCCAAAAUACUGGCUUUUCUAGCAUGCAUUUUUAUAUUCAGCCAUAUUGUUUAUGCUGAGGAGAAAGCCUUGCUAUUGCCCGUAUGGAACCAUCCCACGGCGGUGAAUAAAGAUGCACCUGCACCUCAAGCCACCGCUUGCGCCAACCCGGGACAGAUUGCCGUGACAUAUAAUGAAGGUCCCAGUGACGUAACGGCCAAGGUACUUAAUGGGCUCAAAGCAACUCAGGCCAAAGCCAACUUUUUCGUAAAUGCUACCUGGCUCUACACUCAGCAAUAUGCGAUGAUUCUUCAGCGUGCUUACAAUGAUGGUCACUUGAUCGGUAUGACCUAUCGAGCCCCGGGAGAUUCUUCCAAUGGAUUAUCAGACCAACAAAUCCAAUCGGAUGUGACCAAUACCGCUAAAAUCAUUGAAACCUUGAUCGGUGUGGCACCAAAAUACAUACGCUUGCAUUACACGCAACCGGAGGAUAUCCGUCUUGAGAACAUCAUCCGCGCCAUGGGAUACACCUUGGUCGCUUACAACUUGGAUACGCAAGACUACAACUUCAAGCAAGAUCCGGAUGGUAUUGCCAAAUUGUACAAAUCGACGUUUGAGAAACAACUAGAUACGUAUGACUCCAAGGGCUCUUUUAUUUCCAUGCAGUACGAUAUCCCAGAUACCGGAUCGUGGCAGGCCAUUUAUGAUGUCGUCCGUGUGAUUAACGACUCAGGUUACACCAUGGUCAGAAUGGAUGGUUGUUUGAACGACAAACAGCCAUUGUUUUCUUUUCUCAAACAAAACCAAAAGCGGCCGCUUCGUCAAAAUUUGUGAGCGAUAAACAUUCCUUUGGAUCGCCCGGCUACAAGUCUGGCCAGGUGGCCGUGGAAAAGCCUGCCAAUGCUCUGCACAAAGAAGAUGGUGAAGGCAAGGCGGACGCUGAUGCUGAACUCAAUGAUUCCAUAACCAAGUUUUCGUUUGGUUGGUCCUAUUUAUUCCUUGGUAUCAUCUCUGUGAUCUGUGCCAUGGUCGCAUAAAAUAAAUUUUAUAUAAAGCACUCCCAGUCAAUAAAAAAAAAAAAAA